AAAAAAAUAUAACGUUUUCUAAUUUUCUUUUUUUAUUUCGCUUGAGUAAUUACUUUUAAAAAAAGUAUUAUCUGGAUUCAAAUGGUUAAUUAAAAAUUCUUAUUAUUAUUAUGAUGAUGAUAAUUAAUAAAAGAUGAAUGCUUAAAUAAUAUGAAAGUAAAAAAAUGUAUAGGAAUUUAAAUGGAUAAUAAAUAAUUUUGCGUGGGAAGUUUGUCGCCCACAUAUUUAAAUUUUUUAACAUCAAUAUAAUUUGACAUCAGUGGAUUUAUCACUUGAGUUUUAAAAUAUUUAAAAAAAUAAUAAAUAAUUAUUGAAUGAAAAAUGUCUGGGAAACAAAAAUCAUGGAGCAGCAACAAAAAUAAAUCUUCAUUAUCAAAAGUUAAACCGUCAAGUGAAUUAAUAGCUGCCAAAAAAAAAGCUGCUGCUGAACACAAAUUAAAACUUCAACAGACGAGUCAAGUACCAGAUACUAAUUUUAUUCACGAUAUUUAUCAAAGUGCAAUGGAUUCACGGGACUUAAGUCGCAAGGACACUGGUCUUGUUUAUGACAAUUCGAUGGCGGAGCAUGAAUGCCUGUGGGAUAAAAACUAUCCCGAGUGUCCAAAGAGAUUGACAAGAACUCUUGAGCGGUGCAAUGAACUGGGUUUGAUUAGUAGAUGUAAAUUAAUCAGCCCAAGAUUGGCUACGGACAAAGAAUUACUUCAGAAGCAUACCCAAAAGCAAAUAGAUAUUCUAAAAGCCACUGAUGGAUGUACUGAUCUCACAAAACUUGAAGAAUUAUCUUCAAGAUACGACGCUAUUUAUAUUCAUCCAUCAACAUAUAAAUUAUCAAGAUUAGCAACUGGAUCAACAAUUAAUUUAUUGCAAUCCAUUUGUAGAGGAGAAGUACAAAAUGGAAUGGCAAUUAUAAGACCACCGGGACAUCAUGCAAUGAAAUCAGAGUACUGCGGGUACUGUUUCUUCAACAAUGUAGGGAUAGCUGUUGAGUCAAUGCUGAGAGACAAUCUAGCAAAAAAAGUAUUGAUCGUUGACUGGGAUGUCCAUCAUGGACAAGCGACGCAGCAGAUGUUCUAUGAAGAUCCUCGAGUCGUAUACUUUUCGAUUCAUCGCUAUGAGCAGGGCGAAUUCUGGCCUAAUUUAAGAGAAUCUGAUUAUCAUUACGUAGGUGAAGGCGCGGGAAUUGGGCAUAAUUUUAAUAUACCACUAAAUAAAACUGGUAUGACGAACGCUGAUUAUCUGGCGAUCUUCCAACAGGUUUUGUUACCUAUGGCAUAUGAGUAUCAACCGGAUCUCGUUGUAAUUUCAGCGGGUUAUGAUGCAGCACUCGGUUGCCCUGAGGGUGAAAUGAAAAUAACACCAGCAUUUUAUGCACACUUGCUAUCACAAUUACUUGGACUAGCUAGUGGUAAAGUAGCAGUAGUUCUCGAAGGAGGAUAUUGUUUAGAAUCUUUAUCAGAAUCGGCAGCUCUGACUUUGCGGUGUCUGUUGGGAGAUCCCUGUCCAAUGAUUUCGAGCCUCGAGGCUCCUUCCUUAAGUAUCCGCGAUACUAUUCUCAAUGUAAUUUAUGCCCAAAAACCUUAUUGGAGUUGUUACGAGUACCAGGAUAUUUAUAGCAUACACUCAGAAGAUAUCAAAGAAGAAUGUGAACGUCAUCUUCCGGCAGUAGUUUUCAAAGGCACUGAAACAAAGCCGGCAGUUUAUGAGACACGUAAUUGCUAUCCAGUUCAAAGUGAGAUUUUUCUCAAUGACAUCCGCAAUCAGUUGAUUUCCCUCCAGCUGACGACGAAUUUAAUAAAAUCUCCUAAUCGAGUUUGUCUAGUUUACGACGAGCGGAUGCUGAAACACUGCAACCCAUGCAACAAUAGUCAUCCUGAGCAGCCUCAAAGAAUCACCGGAAUAUUUUCCAAGCACGAAGAGUACGAUUUACUCAAACGUUGCUACCGAAUCCCAGGCCGCGUGGCCACAGAGGAAGAACUUCUCUUGGUUCAUACGGAACUUUACGUUCAAGUUAUGAAAGGUAUUGAGAAACAGAAAAUGUCUGAGGUUAUUAAACAGUCACAUGUCUUUGAGUCCGUUUAUCUUCACACAGAGACCUGGUCAAGCGCCUGUAUAGCUGUGGGUUCAGUUCUACAGGUCGUUGACAGUGUAUUGAAUGGUGAAAGUCAAUCAGGGGUAGCAAUUGUACGUCCACCAGGGCAUCAUGCAGAGAGAGACGCAGCAUGUGGUUUCUGUAUCUUCAAUAAUGUCUCAAUUGCCGCGCGUUACGCAGUUGAAUUUCACGGAUGCAAACGUGUGUUGAUACUUGACUGGGAUGUCCAUCAUGGCAAUGGAACUCAAGCAAUAUUUGAAGAUGACCCCAAGGUUCUAUACAUUUCAAUUCAUCGUUAUGACAACGGGUCAUUUUUCCCCUCGUCAGUUCACGCCAAUUACAAUGUCGUGGGAAAUGGCAAAGGUGAGGGAUUCAACGUAAAUAUUCCAUGGAAUCGUAAAAAAAUGGGCGACACCGAGUACAUUGCGGCAUUCCAACAAAUAAUUAUGCCAAUAGCCUAUCAAUUUAAUCCGGAAUUGAUUCUAGUGUCCGCUGGAUUCGAUGCAUGCAUUGGAGAUCCUCUUGGCGGCUACAGCGUUUCUCCAGUUGCUUAUGGUCACUUCACUCACUGGCUGUCAUCUCUGGCAAACGGCCGGUUGAUUUUAAUUCUCGAAGGUGGUUACAACGUAAACUCAAUCUCUUAUUCAAUGACCAUGUGCACGAAAGCGCUUCUUGGUGAUCCUCUGGCACCAAUAACACGCAGUACAGCUGCCCUCUGUACAUCUGCUAUUACGAGUAUUAAAAAUGUUCUAAAAACGCACAAACGCUACUGGCCAAAUCUCGUGUUUCAAGCAGCACUGCCUAAAGAAAAUGUAAUACCUCAACCCGCUAGUGUGAGCGAUAAAAUAUACGACGUGAGUCCUGGAGCAGAGUCCAAGAUACUUCAGGAAGAAUGGCAGUCAGAGAAAAAUAAAAUACACGAACUGGCUAAAGAGAUGAAGGGGUUAAAUGUAAAUCAGAGUGAACAUGUCACGAAGUGUCCAACUGGCGCAGAUAAUCUACAGAAAGCCAAACCAGAAGAAGAGAAACCUGGAUCCAGUAGUUCUUAUCAAGAAGUCAGACCGGGAUCGUCUAAAAUGUCCAGCGAUCCUCCCGAAAGUAGACCGCUCGUUGAUAGUCUGAUGUUUGCAAUAAUACCUCUGAGUGAUUGUCCUCACUUAGAAUUGAUAGCUGAUGUUCCUCCGCAAGGUAUCGACAUAAACUCGCCCUGCAAAGAGUGCAAUAGUACCGCCGAAAACUGGAUCUGCCUCCACUGCUACAGCGUCAAUUGCGCAAGAAAUAUCAACCAACAUGCAAUUCUCCAUGGCCAAAACGAAGAUCAUCCUAUGACACUCAGUUUUACGGAUCUGUCUGUCUGGUGCUACGGGUGCGAAGCCUACGUCGACAACCCGCGACUCCAUGCUGCUAAAAGUGCCGCUUACCUCAAUAAAUUUAAUGAAGAACUUCCUUGGACUUAUGACGAGCCGCGCAUAGAAAUGUGAAAAAAUUUAUUUCUAUUUAAAUGUUUAUCAAAUAUUAUAAACAUCGUUAACAAUUAUUUAAAUCAAAACUACAUUAUUUCAUUAAUAUUUCUUAGCCAAUUCAACUCCACUAAUAACUUAGUCUUUAAAUUCAAAAUUAUUUCUCAUUUUUCGUAAUUAAUUUUACUCUUGCCCAAUUAUCUAACGAAAUAACCAACAGUAUAUUAAAAGAGAGCAGUUUUUGUAAAACUUUUUUUAUGUAAAUACCAAGUUGACAAAUUUAACUGGUUAUUAAUAAAAGAAAAAUUCGUACUCUUGCACUUUUAAAAAAAUAGUUAUCCCAAUUCAUUUGCCUCUCAAGUAAAUAACUAAUUGAUAGUAAUAAAUUGACGAACCCCAUAUUGAAUAAUUAUUUUUUAAAUUAUUGUAAGUGAAAAAUCUGUGCGCAACCUAAAAGAGGGGGCUUAUUUUUUAUUUGUAUUGAAGAGUAUAUUUUAUAUACUUUUAAAAAAUAAUAAAUCAAUAAAAAAUUACCAUAAUUCAAAAUCA